AUGGCUUCUAUAGGGCCUGGCGCUCCUCAUAAGACUUAUUCAGUAUACGAAAAGAUACUAUGGUUCCAACUCCAGCCCGAAGAGGUGCUCGCGACACCGCACCAUGCCUCACGUCGCGCCUUAGAGGCAUCAGCAAAAUCGUGUCGACUAUGUUCCAUGGUACUUCGCGCUGCGAUAUCUAACUAUCAGGACUCGCGAGGUAGAAGAAAGGGAAUGGGCUAUUGGAGACAAUUCAACGCCAUAAAUUAUCGUGAAGGCUCCAACGUACGCAAAAUUACAUACGUGAAGGAGCUUGGAUCAUGCAUGCCAGCUACGUCGACGGAAUAUAACAAUGGCGUUGGGAGAGCAGUUUUGGCGGCAACAGGCAAUAUAAAAACCGACGGUAAUCAUGUAGGCGAUGAUACUAUAAACCUUGAAUCACUCAAUAUUGGUGAAGAGGAUUCAGCCGAUUUACCUGCGUGGCUUUAUGGUAAUUGGUGGGCUAAGCACGAGCCGGGUGGCGCUGGCGAUACGACCCAUCUGCGACUCAUGGGAGUAGGAGCUCGGUUUGGAAAGACUCAAAGCCAAUUCGAUGCUUUCAAUAGCAGGCCUAACGAGGUUAGCCUGCGUGGAAGCUCCAUUGGCAUCUGUACCAGCGAUGAUAGUAUGCUUAGCACGAUACCGGGUCGCCUACGUGAGAUGGAAUCAGACUCUGAUAUCGCGAUUGGCCGUCUUGAGAAAUGGAUGAAAGAUUGUGAAUUAAAUCAUCCCUUCUGCGGACAUGUAUUUGCUUCCAGCCGCGGGGUAUCAGUAGUUGAAUCCAAUGGUCAAAAGGGGAGAUAUGUAACUCCCAGUCACUGUUGGGGUACAUCGUCAAGGUUGAUGGCAACUAAGCAGUCUAUUCAUGAUCUUAAGGAGGGUAUUGCUGUAUCAUUUCUCCCUAAGACGUUCCAGGACGCAAUCAAAAUCACACAACGCCUUGGAAUCAAGUACCUCUGGAUAGACUGUCUAUGCAUUAUUCAGGAUGAUCCCGAUGAUUGGGGAAAAGAGGCGUCCGCAAUGAGCCAAGUCUAUCGCAAUUCGUACCUAACUAUAUCAGCGGCUGCUUCAAAAGACAGUUAUUCGGGCUGUUUUCCAAAACGCGAGAACGAUUCAUACGUCAAUCCUGCGAAUAUAUCACUCGGAUACGAUAUUCCUAGAGAAGCGACGGUGCCGAUGAGCCACGAACUAGUAUACGAAUACACAUCUCAGCCCGGAAAAAAGAAUUCGAUUCGUCUGUUUGAGGAGUGGUUGCCGGGAUCUAGCUUCCACUUCCCUCAAAGAAUGGGGAUAGGGUCGUUCGGCAAGCGGUACGAUCCGAUCGCCGACGAGCCUCUCAGCUCGCGGGCAUGGACUCUGCAGGAACGUCUGCUUUCCCAGCGCCUUAUCCACUACGCCCGCGACCAGAUGUACUUUGAAUGCGAGACUUGCAUUCAGUCCGAAGAUGGAUUCACGUUUAGCGAUAUCUACUUCGGGAUGAAACGCCUCCUGGACACAUGGCAGGGAGGGUGGCUCUCCUUGGUCGAGAAUUACACGAUGCGCAAUUUAACUGUAAAGCGCGAUAAGCUCACUGCGUUAGCUGGUGUGGCGAGAGCGGUGGCAGAAGAGACAGGCGAUCGCUACUACGCGGGCUUAUGGCGUAGGCACUUCAUGGAAGAUCUAUGUUGGCGGAUGUACCCCUACGAAGAGAUAGAGGAUCGGAGGGAUGCGAAGAUCACACCGCUGACGGGCAGACACUUGGGGACUGUCCGUAGGCCGCCUGAGUAUCGAGCGCCUAGUUGGUCGUGGGCGUCACUCGACGGACCUGUCAAGUAUAUUCCGUUAUCUUUCACGAACCUGGUCUCCUCGAUUAUUAAUUGCUCAACUGUUCCUGUCGGCAAAGACCCCUACGGUAGGGUAUCGAGUGGUAAACUGGAUAUAGAGGGACCCAUAUACGAAGUUAAACCCCAUACGCCGAAGAAGAGGUGGGAUCGACACGGUAUCCCAGUGGAAAUCGAUCUAGAAGAUGACCGUGGUAUAUCGGCCGGUAGCUUGCAUCUAGACGUACCAGAAGAGUCGAUCUCGUACCCCUGCUACGCUCUGUUCCUGGAUCCCUCGAAAGCGCUGAUCCUGCGAACCAACGAGUUAGAGGCCAAGCGAAACGAAGAUGGAACUAACGACCCAGAUACUCUCGUCUCUAAGCCAGUCCUGACGACCCCUGAUGUCAAUCGCAACAUAGCCGAGUAUUCGGAGACGAAAAACUUGGUUUUCCAAGCCCUGUACCAAGUCGUUCGCAUCGGAGUAGGAGUUUUUGUCAAGGAGCCGAUGAAGAAUAAAGACCAGCUCGAAAAUCAAGAAGAGAAGGAACCGGAGUUGUGGGACGAGGCGAAGCAGGGAAAGCUGACACUAGAUAAGAUCCUACACGUCGCGGGAGACCAGUCUUGGGGGCCGGUUACGAAGGAUGAUCCCAAAAUAUGGGUAACGAUAGUGUAA